AUGCCCCGCCUCCUGACACUCACAGGAAGGCUGAAGCAGAAGGAGAGACUUCAAGAGGGCACCCUCAGGGUCACUGCUGACUCAGCUGUGCUGGGCUUCCUCCUGCGGGACAAGCAUGAGAAGGCAGGGAACGGCACCAGCGUGCGCAGCGUGACCUGUGUCCUUGCCCAGAACGGCAGCCAGGCCUUGCCUGGAGAGCUCCAGCUGAAGGGCCGGCUGCAGGCCCAGACGAGGAACCUGAGGGCCCAGGCCAGCAUCCGGGCCCAUGCGGCCAGCCUGGCUCUGGGUGGCGCCUGCUCCUGGGGCCCCGGGCACGGCCAGCUUGUGGUUGGCCUGACACACAAUAUCAGCACGCCGAGUGAUGCAGGACUCCCCUCCGAGGCAGGGGUGCUCCUGUCUGUCACCCACAUGGCUUCCAACUGCUCAGCACGCCUGGCGCUGCGGAACGCGGGGGGUCAGCUAGACGCUGCCCUUGGCCUGGAGGACCUGACCCCCGAGUCCCUAGGCCACCAGCUCCAUGCCAGCCUCCACCACACCCACACCAUGCCCAGCCUCAAGCACUGGGGCCUCCCCUUCUCCAUAGACGGCCACGGGCACUUCCAGAGUGCGGGACACAGUCUGGCGGCCGGGCUGAUGGUAAAGUUGGAUGGUGAGCAGCUCCACGCAGCCUUGGAGAGGAAGGCAGAGGACGGCCGCCAGGGGCUGGUGCUGGGGCUGCACCACGGCCUCUCGGGGCUGCAGGGCACUCUGCCCUCCCAGCUGGAGCUGGACUACCAGUUCCUAGGGGCAUCAGCUCAACCUGAGGGUCUUCGCGUGGUCCCAUCUGCAAACACAGGGCGGUCCAGCAUCUCCUCGGUGUCGUUCCAGGUCUCUGUGGACAUUCACAACGGCAGCUCCGGCUUUGAGCAUUCUGGACGCGUCGUGAUGGGGCCCACGUUCCUCAACUACUCCAUGAGCUGCUGUUACCGUGAUGGGCACCUGGAGCUCUCCGGCCGGAGCUGGCACAACAGUGAGGCCUUGUUGUGGGCAGGGUUCCCAGGCGAGGCCUGCCUGAGCGCUGUGCUGCAGAUACACGUCUGCUGUCGCCACCUCUCGGGACGCUUUCUGCCUGUCGUUAACGUUCCUGGUGUCUCUGACAGCCCGGUGCUCCCGGGCGUGGGGAUUGUGUCCCCUCUCCUCAUGCCCUGCACAUAG